AUGGCAUUCAGGACACCAUGUAAUGAGAGUCAGCAAUUCCUGGACAUUGGCUGCGGCCCGGGAAACUUCACUCUAAACUCGAUUUUGCCGUCAUGCGAGCCAUGCAAAAGGAUCGUCGCUGUCGAUUCCUUAAUAAGCAUGAUCGAGUAUGCCCAAGAAAACUGCGCACACGAGAAGAUCGUAUACGACUACCUAGACAUAGACAACGACGUUUCGGCCUUCUCGAAGAAGUACGGUGCCUUCCAACGAGUGUACUCAUUCAAGACGCUGCAUUGGUCAAAAGACCUGCACCGCUCUCUGGAUAAUAUCGCCAAGCUCAUGACACCUGGUGCAAUAUACCAGAUAGCCAACCCCCUGUACUCGCUGCUCAACGACGAGGAGAGGCCUGCUUUUGUCGACACACUCUCGAGACACCUAAAUGAGUGGCAAGAUUCGUACCUAGAACGUAGCGGUCAGAAUGUGUUCUCAGCGUUCCUCGUGCACGCCGUGAAGCCUGAGGAGUGA